AUGCUAACCUUUACUAUGGAACCGGGGGGAAUAAAGAGCUACAACGGGCCUGCGCUCACCGCAGAGAUACUUGUUUCUGCAGAUGUAGGUGGAACCACGGCAUUAAAUGCAUCAACUGCGGCUUCACUAACUGAGGCAACACUGCAUGGAAGUGUGAUUACUCUAAUCUUGAGCGGGAAAAGAUACGACACGAAUUGGAACUACGUCAGUCAGAAUGUGACGCUAUCAGGCAUUGCCGGGGUAACAUUUAAGCGGCACAAUGUGGAGCGUGUCAGCGACACGCGAGUAACAAUCCCGCUGGAAUUCAAUGGGAAUAUCAAUACAGAAAGCACGCUCACGUUCACUGUAGGUGCGAAAGCAAUAGAAGAUUACGACGGUCCCGCGUUUACUGCAGAACUCCCUGUUUCUACUGGGGCAGAACAUGAGGUCCCCUCCACUACGCCAGAAACGCCUCCAGAAACACCAGCAGACACGGAUGCCGUCGUGAGCAUCUCACCAUCCUCAGUAGCAUCCCCUCCUGUUGGUGGACAGUUAGAGGUUCGUCUGAACAUCGCAAGCGGGGAAGCCGUCGCAGGGUAUCAAGCAACAGUGCAGUUUGAUACAACUGCCCUCCGCUAUGUUUCGGGGGCAAAUGCGACUAUUUGCCUGCUGGGGCGCGAAAGCAAUGGUGACGGCACUCUCGCUACGCUCGCCUUUGAGGUCAUCGCAGCGAAGGCAUCCGCUUUGACGUUAUCUGACGUGAUCCUUACAGACAAUGAAGGAAUAGGUUAUGCUCCGAGUGUUGAAAACGCAGAGAUAACUGAACCAACUGGACUCAAGGGCGAUGUGAAUGGUGAUGGUAUCGUAAACAUCCAAGAUUUGGUGUUAGUUGCCGCAAACCUCGGCAAGACAGGACAAAACGCCGCAGAUGUCAACGGCGAUGGACAGGUCAAUAUUCAAGAUCUUGUCCUUGUUGCUGGCGCAUUGGGCAACAGUGCCGCCGCACCGUCUCUACACCCACAAUCUUUGGAGAUGCUCACCGCUGCCGAUGUUAAAUCGUGGCUAUCUCAGGCACAGCACUUCAACCUCACGGAUGCAAUGGCGCAAAAAGGGAUUCUCUUCUUAGAGCAACUCCUCGCAGUGUUAACUCCGAAAGAGACAGGACUCUUAGCAAACUAUCCGAAUCCGUUUAAUCCGGAGACGUGGAUACCGUAUCAGUUGGAUAAACCCGCAGAGGUCACGAUCUCCAUCUACGCCGUGGAUGGACAGGUAGUUCGACGGUUGGCACUCGGACAUCAACCCGCGGGUACGGGCUACGGACAGGAGCAAAACAACCUACCUGAGUUACCCCAGUCAGCGAGCGUACUCCCCAGGUCCGUGAUACGAUUGUGGGCAUUGGUGCCAGGUGUAGAUUCUGCCAACGAUGUAACCGCUGCACAUCUGGCUUUAAUUACCAACUUUAAUCUGAGUGACCAGAGCAUCACGGCACUGAAACCAGGCGAUUUUGAUGGAUUGUCUUCGUUGCGUUCGCUCUCACUCGCUGAAAACACUCUGAGCAGUCUGCCUACUGGUAUCUUUUCGGGGCUGUCUUCCAUAAACAGUCUUAACUUAGGUAGCAACCAACUCAACAGCCUGCCUAUAGACCUCUUUUCGGGACUGUCUUCCUUGAGUAGGAUCAACUUGUCUUUCAACCGCUUGAGCAAUUUACCUGAUGAUAUCUUCUCCGGAUUGUUUUCCCUGAUUGGGCUUGACUUAGGUAGCAACCAACUCAGCAGUCUGCCUGCAGACAUUUUUUUUCGGACUGGGGCUUCCCUAUAA